AGCGACUGUCCCUCAAUGCGCCUGCGAGACUCCCACGCCCUGGGAAGGAUGCCUAUCGAUUCGCUCUGGGCUCAGCAGCUCUCGCUGAUAGCAGGCGGCCAUCUUGCCUGGAGCCUGAGAAAGGGAGGAGAGACAGAAGGAACCUGCUCCCGCGGGCGGAGGCGCCAGAGGAAGAGGCCAGGGAAUGGCCGCGGUGUGGCAGCAAGUCUUAGCAGUGGACGCGAGUUUCGGACGCAGUAUAUCCGCCGGCGCAGCCAGCUGCUGCGGGAGAAUGCCAAGGCUGGGCACCCCCCAGCACUGCGUCGGCAGUACCUGAGGCUUCGGGGGCAGCUGCUGGGCCAGCGCUACGGUCCCCUCUCUGAGCCAGGCAGUGCUCGUGCCUAUAGCAACAGCAUCGUCCGCAGUAGCCGCACUACACUUGACCGCAUGGAGGACUUUGAGGAUGAUCCUCGGGCCCUGGGGGCUCGUGGGCACCGCCGUUCUGUCAGCCGAGGCUCCUACCAGCUGCAAGCACAGAUGAACCGUGCCGUCUAUGAGGACAGGCCCCCUGGCAGCGUGGUGCCCACGUCAGCGGCAGAAGCAAGCCGGGCCAUGGCCGGAGACACAUCACUGAGCGAGAACUAUGCCUUUGCAGGCAUGUACCAUGUUUUUGACCAGCACGUGGAUGAAGCAGUUCCACGAGUGCGCUUCGCCAAUGAUGACCGGCACCGCCUGGCCUGCUGCUCACUCGACGGCAGCAUCUCCCUGUGCCAGCUGGUGCCCGCCCCGCCCACAGUGCUUCGUGUCCUACGGGGCCACACCCGUGGUGUCUCCGACUUUGCCUGGUCCCUCUCCAAUGACAUCCUCGUGUCCACCUCACUUGAUGCUACCAUGCGCAUCUGGGCCUCUGAGGAUGGCCGCUGCAUCCGGGAGAUCCCUGACCCCGAUGGUGCUGAACUGCUCUGCUGUACCUUCCAGCCUGUCAACAACAACCUCACCGUGGUGGGGAACGCCAAGCACAACGUGCAUGUCAUGAACAUCUCCACCGGCAAGAAAGUGAAGGGGGGCUCCAGCAAGCUGACGGGCCGUGUUCUUGCUCUGUCCUUUGAUGCCCCUGGCCGGCUGCUCUGGGCGGGUGAUGACCGUGGCAGUAUCUUCUCCUUCCUCUUCGACAUGGCCACGGGGAAGCUGACCAAAGCCAAGCGUCUAGUGGUGCAUGAGGGGAGUCCUGUGACCAGCAUCUCAGCCCGGUCCUGGGUCAGCCGCGAGGCCCGGGACCCCUCACUGCUCAUCAAUGCUUGCCUCAACAAGUUGCUGCUCUACAGAGUGGUAGACAACGAGGGGACCCUGCAGCUGAAGAGAAGCUUCCCCAUCGAGCAGAGCUCACACCCGGUGCGCAGCAUCUUCUGUCCCCUCAUGUCCUUCCGCCAGGGGGCCUGCGUGGGGACUUCCCACCAGGGGCACCCCAGGCGCCUCCCGAUGGCCUCUCCCUCUCACCCCGACAGUGACAGGCAGUGAGGACAUGUGCGUGCACUUCUUUGAUGUGGAACGGGCAGCCAAGGCUGCUGUCAACAAGCUGCAGGGCCACAGUGCGCCCGUGCUUGAUGUCAGCUUCAACUGCGACGAGAGCCUACUGGCCUCCAGUGACGCCAGCGGCAUGGUCAUCGUCUGGAGGCGGGAGCAGAAGUAGGGUCCUGCCGGCCCUGCUGCUGUCCACCAUCCCAUCCCUUUACUCCAGCCUCGUGUUGUAAAUAAAGCUUCAGUGGUUGUGCAGAGGGCCAGCUCCCAGCUCUGCCGGGGACUGGCAGGGGAGCAGGCAUCUCCAGGAACAUGGUGGAACGGGGUUCAUUGACUCAUUUGUGCAUUCAUGCAUCGAUGAUUCAUUCAUUCCACAAGCAUUGAUUGAAUGUCUGCUGGGUCACAGGCACCGCUUUAACUGUUUUACACACUCAUGCAUUCGAUAGACAUUAGUGAGCCCUGACUGUGUGCCAGGAACUGUUCUAGGCACUGGGGAUACGGCUGUGACCUAAUCUGAUGGAAAUGCCUGCCCUUGUUGGGCUUGCGUUGUAGAGGAGACAUUAGACAAAAAUAUGGAACAGGUCAGCUAAUGAUGAGUGGUGCAAAGAAAAUAAGGCAAGGAUGGGAGACAGAGCUGCAGAAGUUGGAGUUGGGGGAGUGGGUCUUUACAGUAUCGGGGAAGACGUUCCUGACAGGGUGCCUUGUUUUGUUUUUGAGACGGAGUCUCACUCUGUCACCCAGGUUGGAAUGCAGUGGCAUGACCAUAGCUCACUGCAGCCUCAACCUCCAGGGCUUAAGUGAUCCUCCCACUUCAGCCUCCCAAGUAGCUGGGACUACAGGUGUACACCACACCCAGCUAAUUUUUUUUUUUAAAGAUGGGGUUUCACCAUGUUGGCCAGGGUAGUCUCAAGCUCCUGACCUCAGAUGAUCUGCCCGCCUUGGCCUCCCAAAGUACUGGGAUUACAGGCGUGAGCCACCGUGCCCGGCGAGACCCUAAUUUUUGUAUCUUUAGUAGAGACAGGGUCUUGCCAUAUUGCCCAGGCUGGUCUCGAACUCCUGGGCUCAAGUGAUCCACUCGCCUCGGCCUCCCAAAGUGCUGGGAUUACAGGCAUGAACAACCACGCCUGGCUCAGGGUGACAUUUAAAUAAAGACCCGAAUGAAGUGAGUGGGAGUCAUAGUGUAGUGGGAGAACAUUCUAGGCAGAGAGAAAGCCAGCCUAAAGACCCUGAGGCUGGAGCAUUCCAGAAGGAUCAUUGUGUAUGCCAGAGUCUUGCUGGACCAUAGUGUGACAGUAGAUGGGGUGGGACAGGCCAGAUGCUGUUGUGCUUCAUGAGCCACAGUGAAGACUUUGGCUUUUUUUCGGAGUAGGGGGUGAUGCAUCACCAGAAGGUCUCAAGCAGAGGAGGGGCGCAAUCUGAGUUGGUCAUAGAGGCUCCCUCUGGCUGCUGAAGGGAACAGAUUGGGGGUGGGGGUAGAAGCAGGGGACCCAGCAAGAGACCCCUCGAGGGCAGUCAUGGGGACUUGCAGCAGGGUAGCACAGUGGAGGAGUGGGUGGGGAAUGUUGGGUUGGACCCCCCAGGGGGUCAGGCUGCAGGACUCUGCUGCCUCCUGGGGUGAAUGGCUCCAUUCCCAGACUCCUCCACAUAGCAGCCCUUGCCUGGGCCCCACCCCUCUCUAUGCAUCAUGUUUUCUUGAAAGCAGGGAGCACAGGUGUUGAGUCCCAGAGCCCCAAACUGAUGUAGGAGCAACAGGGAGCUAAGGCUGAGCUGGGGCCUCCUGCUGUGUGGUGGACUCUCCAUCACUCAGACCAUGCCUGUCUCCUCCCAGCCCAAUCCAGGGUAUACAUUCCAGCCCUGGAACACCUCAGAGACCAAAAAGUGUUGAUCAGUAUUUGAGGGGAGCCCCAAGAGAGGAGAAAAAGCUUUGAGUACUGAUGGAGGUAAAUAACCCAAAUCGCGUAUCAGUGGCCUGGGUCACCAGAAAACGUCAGAGUUACCAGAAGUGGCAGAGGCUCUUGCUCCAGCCCCUCCCACCCUCCCCAGCUCUAUUUGCUGCUACAUAUGCGUCAGUUGGAACUGUGACUCUCAGGACCUUACGGUCAGUCCACAGCAUGGUAGAGACUCCAGCUUGGCCCAGUGUUGUUGAGCUGCUGAACUCACACCAGCAGUCUUGUUGGAGGGAAAUAAUCUCCCGUUUGUUCAGUCCAGUUAUUUAACAGUGUGGUUACUUGCACCCCAAGCAUUUCUAACAAGGACUUCCAUCUAAUAGACCUCAGGGUACACGGUGGUGAGAUAGGGACCUCAGUGAGGUGGACUGUUCCUGUGGGCAAGGUCAUGUAUGUAUGUGUGUCAUGAUCCCCAGUACCAGCCCCAGGCUCAGUGAUUUGCUAGGAGGACUCCCAAGACUCAGUAUGUGGUUGUAUUCAUGGCUAUGAUUGAUUUAUUACAACAAAAAGAUAAAAAGACACAGAGCAAAAUCAGCAAAAAGAAAUGGUGUGUGAGGCCAACUCCCGGGGAAACCCAGGCACAAGUUUCCAAGGCUUCUCUCUCAUUGGAGUCACGCAAGAUGUACUCGGUUCACAGUAAUGGAUUGUGACAAUAUGUGUGAAAUGUUGCCAACCAAGGAAGCUCAAUUAGAGACUCAGCACCCAGAGCUUUUUGUUUGUUUGUUUUUGAGAUGGAGUCUUGCUCUGUCACCCAGGCUGGAGUGCAGUGGCGUGAUCUCGGCUCACUGCAACCUCUGCCUCCCGGAUUCAAGUGAUUUUUCUGCCUCAGACUCCUGAGUAGCUGAGGCUACAGGUGUGCGCCACCAUGCCUGGCUAAUUUUUGUAUUUUUAGUAGAGAUGGGGUUUCACUAUAUUGUCCAGACUGGUCUCGAACUCCUGACUGCGUGAUCUGCCCGCCUCAGCCUCCCAAAGUGCUGGGAUUACAGGCAUGAGCUACUGCACCUGGCUGGUACCAAGCUUUUAUUAGGGGAUGGUCCCUUAGGUGUCCCCUGCCUGACACCUACCCAAACCCCAGACUCCCAGAAGGAAAGCAGGGGUUCAGCAUAAACCACUUUUUUUUUUUUUAACAAACAUCUUAGGUACAGUGAGCCAUUCUUUUUUUUUUUUUUUUGAGACAGGGUCUCACUUUGUUGCCCAGGCUGGAGUGCAGUGGCUCAGACACGGUUCACUGCAGCCCAAACCUUCCAGGCUCAAGCGGUCCUGCCUCAGCUCCCAAAGCAACUGAGACCACAGACGUGCAACACCACGCCCCUGGCUGAGUUUUGUAGAGAUGGGUUUCACCAUGUUCCCCAGGCUUGUCUUGAACUCCUGGGUCAGGUGAUCCUCCCACACUGGCCUCCCAAAGUGCUGGGGUUACAGGUGUGAGCCACCACACCCGACCAGAGUGAGCCAUUCUUAUCUCUUAGGGAGUGGUGGGAAUCCUCCUGGAAUCUAUGUACCCCCAGCAGCCAAGGGCCAACCUUGAAGCAGGCCUUUCCAAGGAUCGCAGUUGAGGCCUUCUGUGUUACUGUCUUUCUGCACGGUGUGCAACACCACACAGAUGCCCAGUUUCUACCGAAGUCUGUGGAUGGCAAGAUAAUUUAAGGGAAUCUCCUUUUUCGCUAACACUUUCUUCUUUUGUUGACACUCUUCACAUUCUCUUUUGAGUCUGAAUUCAAGAUGAUUGAUCGUGAAUAUUGUUGUGCAUGAUUUUGGCAGUUUCCUCCUUGUGAAAUUUUGAGGUGGCAGAGUUGACAUUCUGCUUUAAACUCAUCUUGGUGGUACUUUUCUUGACUCACCACCUAAGAGGGAAUAAAUAAUGAAGAAAGAAUAAAAAUAAUGUUAUCAGUCA